AUGAAGGUUCAAACCGAUCUCAUACCACCUAAUGGAACGGCCUACGUUAGCAGGCAGUUCCGCACACGUCUAAUGGAAUGCGCCCACAAUCCAACUGGCUACCCACCGGCUAAUAGCGAGCAGAUGAUGGGCGUCAGCGAACGUCGUUUCAUGGCUUCACGUAAUCACAUACAUCCUGGAAUUCAUAUGGCAGAACAAGUCAAGA